AUGGAUAUUGACUAUAUGGAUGGUUUUAGGUGCUUCACGUUUGAUAGCAACCGCUACUACAGUCAAAAAUCAAUGGUUGAUGAUCUCCAUUCCAUGGGAUGCAAAGCAAUCUGGAUGCUUGACCCAGGAAUCAAGAAUGAGGAGGGUUACUUUGUGUGCGAAAGUGGUUCAGAAAUGGAUGUUUGGGUUCAAAAGGCAGAUGGCAGCCUAUUUAUUGGGAAAGUAUGGCCUGGUGAUUGUGUUUUCCCUGAUUUUACCUCGAAAAGAGCACAUGCCUGGUGGGCUAGUUUGGUAAGGGACUUCAUCUCCAAUGGUGUUGACGGAAUAUGGAAUGGCAUGAACGAGCCUGCUGUUGCCGAUACUACUACCAAGACAAUGCCUGAAAGCAAUAUCCAUAGUGGAGAUGCUGAUAUCGGUGGCACCCAGAACCAUCCAUACUAUCACAAUGUCUAUGGAAUGCUAAUGGCAAGAUCUACUUAUGAAGGAAUGGUGUUGGCUAAUGCUUCUAAACGACCGUUUGUUCUUACACGAGCUGGUCUUAUAGGAAGCCAGCGGUAUGCCGCAACAUGGACGGGUGAUAACAUGUCAACUUGGGAGCAUUUACACAUGAGUCUGUCAAUGAUUCUUCAAUUGUGUGAGGAAGUUUGUCGCCUUGCGCUACUAAGACGGUACCGGCUACUACCACAUAUCUACACUCUCUUUUACCAUUCACAUACAAAGGGUAUUCCAGUUGCUACUCCAGUUAUCUUUGCUGCAUUGUACCUAAUAAAGGAGCUCAUGAAUGUGCACAUAAACUACCAAAGGGCAUAUGGCUGCCUUUUGAUUCUGUGGAUUCACACCCUGAUUUGCCAGUGCUGUAUUUUACAAGGUGGAGCGAUUCUCCCUGUAGGUCUUCCUAUUCAGCAUGUUGGGGAGACAAGCUUGGAGGAUGAUCUAUCACUAAUUAUUGCAUUGGAUGAAAAUGGUAAAGCUGAAGGUGUCCUCUUUGAAGAUGCUGGAGAUGGAUAUGGAUUCACACAGGGAGACUAUCUUUUGACAUAUUAUAUUGCUGAACUCCACUCAUCGGUGGUUACUGUCAAAGUCUUCAAAUCUGAAGGGUCAUGGAAGAGACCAAAACGAAAUUUAAAAAUAAAUAUAUUGCUUGGUGAAGGUGCUAUGGAAGGUGCUGAGCUAUCAAAAAUACCUGUUGAUUUGAAGAGUAGAGACUGGUCCCUUAAGAUUGUUCCAUGGAUUGGAGGCCGUAUUAUCUCGAUGACCCAUCUUCCUUCUGAUUCCCAGUGGCUUCACAGCAGGAUUGAGAUAAAUGGUUAUGAAGAAUACAGUGGGACUGAAAUUAUGUCUGCUGGCUGCACAGAAGAAUACAAAGUCAUCAGGAGGUAUCUUGAACAGUCUGGAGAGGAUGAAUCUAUUUGUAUGGAAGGAGACAUUGGUGGUGGUCUGGUUCUCCAACGCCAGAUAUCUAUUUUGAAGGACAACCCAAAGAUUGUUCAGAUCGACUCUAGCAUUCAGGCAAGAAGUGUAGGAGUUGGUUCUGGUGGGUUUUCAAGGUUGGUCUGUUUACGAGUUCAUCCUACAUUCACCCUGCUACACCCAACUGAGGUAGUGGUUGCUUUCAUGGCCAUCAAUGGUUCAAAGGAAGAGAUCUCCCCGGAGGCAGGAGAAAUAACAUUCGAGGGAGACCUCAGACCCAACGGUGAAUGGAUGCUAGUGGACAAGUGUGUCAGGCUGAGCUUGGUGAAUCGGUUUAAUCGCAGGGAGGUCAGCAAAUGCUUUGUGCACUGGGGAACUGGUGGUGUGAACAUGGAGCUCUGGUCAGAGGAAAGACCAGUGUCUAACGAGACGCCGUUGAGGAUUUGCCACCAGUAUGAGGUGCGGCAAACAAGCUAA